UAUAGACUACAAACUACAAAUACCAUAUUUAUAUUUGUUAAUUUACCGUAUCAACAAAAUGGAGGGAUUAUAUGAUCUGAAAGUGUUAUUGUUAUUACAAGGUGUCAUUGUUGUGAGUAGUGGGUGUGACAUCCAAGGUGUGGGUGAGUGCUACAGCAAAGCUGGCGUUACCCUAGCAACUAGCCAAUCUGAAGGAGAACAUGGACCAGAAGAAUUUGAGAAUGUUUGCAAGUCUAUAGGGCAGAUAGAUAAGCUGAGUGAAUGUGUUCACGCAAAGGUAGACACAUGUGAAUACUACAUCAAAGUACUCUAUACACUUCCACUGUCCGGCAUGAAGAACGCCUCCCAACAUUUUUGCAGUCCAGAUUGUAAGAACCUGUACAGUUGUAUGAAGGUGAUCCUUAAUUCCAAACCAAGUAAAAAGCAAGAGUGGGACUGCAGUAAAAUACAAGAUGCUAUUCAAUGUGGAAAGCAGACAUACCACAAGAAAUGUGAAGGUUUUGCAAAGCAGUUUCUCCAUCCCCAGCAGCUGUCUGUUACUGAGCAAUGCAACAUAGCUAUAUGUGAGUAUCACUAUGCAAUGCAACAUGACUAUAAGUGA